AAUUCUUCGAUACCUAUACCUAAGAUACCUAUUCUACUUGUUUCCUGUUAAACGGUAUACACUGUAUAACAUAUACAACACGCAUAAGGUAUUCGCCACCAUGUUGUUAAAAAUGAUAAUCUUAAAGCAUUGACGAUUAAUCAAAGUCCACAAAUGGAACCGUUGAACCGUGUUAUGCAGUCGUGCAGUGUUUAAAGUGAAAUUUGUCCCUUCAUAUUUUAUUCAGUCGUUAUUAGCAAACUCGAACGUAGUCCAAUCGUUACAACGGUAUUCAUACUUAUGAUAGUCCCUCGAUCUGCGUACAUAGCAUUUGCAAUAUGAUCAAUACUGGAAAGCUUGCUGGAUAUACGAUCUUUAUUACUGGCGCGUCAAGAGGAAUUGGGAAGAGUAUUGCCUUGAAAGCAGCAAAAGAUGGGGCAAAUAUUGUCAUUGCAGCUAAGACUGCAGAACCACAUCCAAAAUUACCAGGCACUAUAUAUACUGCUGCUGAAGAAAUCGAGCAAGCAGGUGGAAAAGCAUUGCCUUGUAUUGUUGAUGUAAGAAACGAAACACAAGUAGUUUCUGCAGUAGAGAAUGCCGUCAAAAAAUUUGGUGGUAUUGAUAUUGUUAUUAAUAAUGCAAGUGCAAUUUCUUUAACAGGCACAGAAUCUACGGACAUGAAAAAGUAUGAUCUUAUGAAUAAUAUUAACACUAGGGGAACAUUUUUAGUGUCUAAGACAUGCUUACCUUACUUAAAAAAAAGCAAAAAUCCUCACAUAGUGAACAUCAGUCCUCCAUUAAGUAUGAAACCAGUAUGGUUCAAAAAUCAUGUUGCAUAUACAAUAGCUAAAUAUGGAAUGUCAAUGUGCGCUCUCGGCAUGGCUGAGGAAUUUAAGAAUAGUGGCAUUGCUGUAAAUACUGUAUGGCCAAGGACAGCUAUUUAUACUGCCGCGGUUGCAAUGUUAUCCGGUGCUGAAUCGAGCAAUUAUAGCCGUAAACCCGAAAUAAUGGGAGACGCUGUGUACGCUUUGAUUUGUAAAGAUAGUAAAUCUGUUACUGGACAGUUUUUAAUUGACGAGGAAAUAUUACGAAACGAAGGAAUUACGGAUUUCACAGAUUACGCGUGCAAUCCAGAAAAUAAAGGUAAUUUGAUGCUGGAUUUCUUCGUGGAUGAAAAUAUAAAGACAGGUUCGCAAGAUUAUACGUUACAUAAAGCGACGCAAAAAGAUUUACAGGGUGCUAACAAAUCAGACGAAAAAAUUGCACAAAUAUUUGAAGUUAUUCGAGCAAACUUGAAUAGUGAUCUUGUUAACAAAACAGGGGCCAUAUUUCAAUUCAACGUUAAAGGUAACGAAGCUGGUACAUGGUUUUUGGAUCUCAAAACUGGUCAAGGUUCGGCAGGUAGAGGAGAACCUAGUCAAUCACCAGAUGCUACACUGACGAUGGAUUCUGAUAAUUUUUUUGCCAUGUUUUCUGGAAAAUUGAAACCAACCUCGGCGUUUGUACUGGGUAAAUUGCGAAUUAGCGGAGAUCUUCAGAAAGCAAUGAAACUGGAAAAAUUGAUGAAUCUUUUAAAGUCUAAACUUUAAGAAUUAAAUAUGAUAGAGAUAAAAAUAUUUUUACAUUAAAUGUAUUGUUGCGGAUUUUUUAAAGUUUACUGUUAAGUAUAAAUGCUAAUAAUUUUUAUAGCAAGCCUUUGAAAAUUAUCGUAAUAUAUAUUUUUAUAUAUUCUCUUGUAACAUAUUUUGUAAUAAUAAAUAAUCAGGAAA